GAGGAAACCACAUGAGCCACCAGUUGGAGCCCUCAUGAAGGGCUCCAACCUGGGGGUACCGCACCCCUUUAUUUUGGCGAGCCAAAGUAAGGAAGUGCUGAGGGACUCUAGAUUCGGUUUCCCUAGGACCCAGACUGUGUUCUGGUUAUAAGGUGACCACUGCCACCAGGUCAGUACUGAAUUUCUCAAUUGUAGACCGCCUGGUAGGUAAGACUUUCAGAGAACCAGCCUCGUGGACUGCAGAGAGAGAGAGAGAAGCCGCGCGGUUGCGGCGUUUGACUGGGACGACGCUCUCGCCCCGCGCGCCGGGUCCUCGGUCCUCACCUGGAGCGCUCAGGUAGGGCUUGGGCGGGGCAGAAGGCUGGCGCGCAGGCGCGGGACAGGGGCCUCGCCCCUGCAGACGUCGCAGACUGGAGCUCACCUGGGAGACUCCUAGAGGAAGCAGAGCCUCGGUUCGGCCUCUCCUGGCAACGCGGGAGGCCCAGCGGGAAGGCAGGAGGCGGUGGCGGAGGAGGAGCUGGACUGAGCGGCAACUGUAGCGACAGCAACCGGAGUCGCCGCCGCCACCACCUGCACCUGGCUCCCGGCCCACGUCUAGCACCCGCCUGGCCGCCGCUUCCCGCCGCCCUGCCCUGCCUACUCGCCAGGUUGUUGAGAUUGCCUUCCUGAUUUCAGUGGAGAUAAUGGGAUCCCAUAGUAGCAGAAGACAAGUGGCAGCAAGCACUUAACCAUCAAUGAUAAAGUUUUACCAUUUAAAGAGACCUUCUUGCCAGCAAAUCUAUGAUAAAAAAUAGAAGUAACAGAGGAAACAAUAACUAUUAUUUGUCAAGUAACAAGCAUUUAAUGUCAGAAUGGCUCACCUAAAACGAUGUAAAUUACAUAUUAAAAGACAUUACCAUAAAAAGUUCUGGAAGCUUGGUGUAGUAUUUUUUCUUAUAAUAGUUUUGAUUUUAAUGCAAAGAGAAGUAAGUGUUCAAUAUUCCAAAGAAGAAUCAAGGAUGGAAAGAAAUAUGAAAAACAAAAACAAGAUGUUUGAUUUAAUGCUAGAAGCUGUAAACAAUAUUAAAGAUGCAAUGCCAAAAAUGCAAAUAGGAGCACCUGUCAGGCGCAUUGAUGUUGGUGAAAGACCCUGUUUGCAAGGAUAUUAUACAGCAGCAGAAUUGAAACCCAUUCUUGACCGCCCACCACAGGAUUCUAAUGCACCUGGUGCUUCUGGCAGAGCAUUCAAGACAACCAAUUUAAGUAUUGAAGAGCAAAAGGAAAAAGAACGUGGGGAAGUAAAACACUGUUUUAAUGCUUUUGCAAGUGACAGGAUUUCUUUACACCGAGAUCUUGGACCCGACACUCGACCUCCUGAAUGUAUUGAACAAAAGUUUAAGCGCUGCCCUCCUCUGCCUACCACCAGUGUCAUAAUAGUUUUUCAUAAUGAAGCAUGGUCCACGCUGCUUCGAACUGUCCACAGUGUGCUCUAUUCUUCACCUGCAAUUCUGCUGAAGGAAAUCAUUUUGGUGGAUGAUGCUAGUGUAGAUGAGUACUUACAUGAAAAACUGGAAGAAUAUAUAAAACAAUUUUCUAUAGUAAAAAUAGUCAGACAAAGAGAAAGGAAAGGCCUGAUCACAGCUCGGUUGCUAGGAGCAGCAGUAGCAACAGCUGAGACGCUCACAUUUUUAGAUGCUCACUGUGAGUGUUUCUAUGGUUGGUUAGAACCUUUGCUGGCCAGAAUAGCUGAGAACUACACUGCAGUGGUGAGUCCAGAUAUUGCCUCCAUAGAUAUGAACACAUUUGAAUUCAACAAACCUUCUCCAUAUGGAGGUAACCAUAAUCGUGGGAAUUUUGACUGGAGUCUUUCAUUUGGCUGGGAAUCACUUCCUGAUCAUGAGAAGCAAAGAAGGCAAGAUGAAACCUACCCAAUAAAAACACCCACAUUUGCGGGAGGCCUUUUUUCCAUAUCAAAAGAAUAUUUUGAGUAUAUCGGACGUUAUGAUGAAGAAAUGGAAAUUUGGGGAGGUGAAAAUAUAGAAAUGUCUUUCAGAGUAUGGCAAUGUGGUGGGCAGUUGGAGAUUAUGCCUUGCUCUGUUGUUGGACAUGUUUUUCGCAGCAAAAGUCCUCAUAGCUUUCCAAAAGGCACUCAGGUGAUUGCUCGCAACCAAGUUCGCCUUGCAGAAGUCUGGAUGGAUGAAUAUAAGGAGAUAUUUUAUAGGAGAAACACAGAUGCAGCAAAAAUUGUUAAACAAAAAUCAUUCGGUGAUCUUUCAAAAAGAUUUGAAAUUAAAAACCGCCUUCAGUGCAAGAACUUUACAUGGUAUCUGAAAACUGUUUAUCCAGAAGUGUAUGUGCCAGACCUUAAUCCUGUUAUAUCUGGAUAUAUUAAAAGUGUUAGUCAGCCUCUGUGCCUGGAUGUUGGAGAAAAUAAUCAAGGAGGUAAACCGUUGAUUCUGUAUACAUGUCACGGACUUGGGGGAAACCAGUACUUUGAAUACUCUGUGCAACGUGAAAUCCGGCAUAACAUCCAGAAGGAACUAUGUCUUCAUGCCACCCAAGGCAUCGUUCAGCUACAGGCAUGUGCCUAUAAAGGUCACAAGACAGUUGCUGCUGGAGAACAGAUAUGGGAGAUCCGGAAGGAUCAACUUCUAUAUAAUCCAUUCUUAAAAAUGUGCCUUUCAGCAAAUGGAGAACAUCCAAGUUUAGUGUUAUGCAAUCCAUCAGAUCUACUCCAAAAAUGGAUUUUUAACCAAAAUGAUUAAGUGUUCCUUAAAAUUAAGGAGUUGAAAAGGAGAUAUUUUUUCUCAUAAAACUGUGACUAGGCAUACACUGUAGUUUUUGAAAAUUAUGCAAAAGCAGCUAAUUGUAACUUAUUUCCAAGUGCAUUUUUCUUAUUUAUAUCCUAAAAUGUCUAUGUAGCACUGCUACAGAAAUCCCAUAAGUUUCUGUUUCAAAACACAAUAGCUAGUGAUACCAAAGAUUAUUGUCCAGAUAUAGAAGAAAUGUUUACAGUGUGAUGAAAAUAAUCUUCCUAGGAGAGUGAUGUUUGUGUUCUGCACACUUGAGGGUAUGCAUAACUACAUUCACACACUCAAGACUUAAAAUAUUUCCCCUAGUUUUGUGGGGUGAUGGAGAAAGAUUUGAUACUGUAUUUUUUUAACUACAUAGAAAUGGAUCAAUGAAGGCCAAACAUUGGCCUUUGUAUACAAACCAGGAACUUUUGUAGAUCUAGAAUUUAUUAUUUUAAAAUGCAGGUAAUUUUUUUCUCUUUGGUUUACUUGUCUGUCAAAAAAAGUACAUGAAUUUGAAUAAGGAGAGAAAUAUUUUUAACACUUAAAUUUCUUGACAAAUUUAAAACUAUUUUGUAAUCUGACAUCUACUUCACCAGAUGCACUUAAGUCUUCCCUAAAUGGCUUUUCCUAAGUAACUAUACUGUGUGUUUUCCCAAUGAAAUUUUUGAAAACUUUACAAAUUUUUAUCUGUGGAUAAGGUGUCCUUUUCCUUCCUACUAGUCUUUUUUUAAUCUUACCAAAAUAUGCUAAUCUUGAAGGUUCAUGAUAUUGAAUUUCAAAUGCAGAAUACUUGACUCACUUAAUGCUAAAUUUUAUGUAGUGAUUCAUUAUAGAUUGUCUUUGUAAUGGAUUUUUUUUUGUAAAAAGAGCCUUAUUUUUAUCUAUGUGGAAAACACAAUAAAAUAUCCAAAACACUAUUGUAAUCACUUGUUUAAGUUUUCUUCCUUUUUCAGAUAAAAUAUGUAAUUGACAGUAAGUAGGAAAACAAGAAGUUUUGUAUAGUGCAUUUCUAAGCACCUCUUGUUUGUAGAGCUAUCGGGUUUUCUUGAGGAAAAUGUAAAUCUUCAAUAGUAAUGGCAUAAAAAUUGGAGAAUGGAGAAAAUGCUAAGUUAGAUAUUUUAGAAAAUUUUGCAUGAAUUUCUGAUACUUUUUUUGAGCAUCCAAUAGAGUGAUGUUUUUAGAAGAUUUCAUGCUCCCUCAGACAUUAAAUACUUUUUUCUUUUUCAUCACUUUAUAUAUAGAUAUAGUAUAUUCCUAUUCCACAAGUAGAAUUUGACUGGCUUCAUAUUUUAAACCUGGCAGAGUCUCAACUGUGCAAAAGAAAACAUUUCUUGAUUAUUGGUCCCAUCUUCUCAUUCAUAACUUUAAACUGGCAUGAAAGUUCUAUACUCUCUAUAGGACUCUUGAUUACAAUGCCAAUUUUUAUUUCAGUUCAGCUAGCACUUACUGUGUGUCUAACUUGAAUCAGGAGUAAACACAGCAAGUCUUGUCAUUGCCUUUGAGCUGUUCCUCCUGGGGCAGAAAGAAAGAAAAACAGUUCUGAAGUAGUGAGUGCCAAUAUGAAGUUGCAUUUUAUGAUGCAGCUCUCUAUUCUUAUUUGAUAUUUAUUAAUAAGUAAAUAUAUUUCUCUAUUAUAGCUAAUAAUAAUCUAUGUUAUUAAAUGAACACUAAUGCCCUUACAUGUACAAUUUCUGUUUCUCUAAUUGGUUAUACUAGACAUAAACAUGUCCUGGAAAAUGCUUCUUGUAAAGCUUGUUAUGUCUCUCAAAAUAAUACAAACAAAACAAUUUUUCAAAGAUAUCUUAUAAAUGAACUUAAGUGUGUUUAAAACAACAAAACAAACCUGAGGUCCUUCCAUGUAUCAGUCAUAUGCUGUCAUAUUAUGAUCCAACUGAAACCAAUUUAGUUUAGGUUGGUUUUAUUACUGCUGAGUUAAAUGCAUCCACAGGGAAAGUUCUUAACCUGAUAUGGGAGCCUCAGGCUGUUGUUCAAGUGUCAUACCAGUAAUUUCAUUAAAGAUUGGCCCUUUGGAGUGGGUAGUGUCUUUUUUAAAGUCUGAGUUUUGGAACAGUGCUAACAGGGAGUUAUUUAUAGAGCCUGGCUGCCAUCCACCUGAACAAUUUGAAUGUACUCAAGUGUGAAAUUGUGGAACUCUUGCUCAAUUUGAAGCUGCCAUGGCAAAUGGUCUAGUUGCUACAGAAGACCUGGCAUGUUGCCUUCAUUCCAGAUCACCAAGUCCUCGGAUCUCUAGGUGGAUAAGAUGCACUGCCAAACCUGCUAGGGUCAACCUGAUGGGCAGUCUCACUGAAAGCUGAGAUGUGACUAUACAAAUAGCCAUAGGAGAAAAUAAGGUGUAUGAUAAAAUUGGCUAUUACUAUAAUCAGUGAUGAUGGAUUUUAAGUCCCUGUAUUACUGGAGAAUGGUCUUAAUAGUUGAAUAAUUAAAUACUAUGUAAACCAUCAAAACCUAAGUACAGCCAGGCACCAUAGGCUGAGGCGGGAACAUUGCAAGUUUCCUAGCAAAACUCUCAGCAACUUAGACCCUGUCUCAAAGUGAAAAAUAAAAAUAGAAAUGUCUGAGGAUUUAGCUCAGUGGUAACAUACCCUGAUUCAACCCCUAGUACCCUCCCCCCAACCCCCAAAAUGAAUGCAAAAAGGAAGGGAGCUGCUAUUUCUGGUAAAAAUAAGUUUGAAUUUAGCUUUUUAAUUUGAAAUAAAAAACCUAGGGAGGUUCUGCACUGAAUUUCUUUCACAGCUCACUUUAAAGAAAACAAAAAUAAAUGCAUCCUUAGUGUGGUUUGUGCAGGAAAGAUGUAAAUUAU